AUUCCAAACACGUGUCAGACCAUACAAUGAGCUCCUAUAGUUUUCCAUUAAAGUCACCCGCCAUAAACCAUUGAAGCAGAUCAAGCUUCAAUAGAAGCAAAGCAUCUUGGUUUCUAACCUACCAGAUUUGAGGGUUUCAUUUUCUGGAUCAACAGAUAUUGAAUGGGGGCUAUUUUGAGUUUGGGCAGUCCCAAAUCUGGGACAAAAGAUUAUCAUGAGGUCACUCAGAAUGAUACCUGUAAGCGGCAAAGAAUGUCAUCACCUACUUUUGAGGAGAGCCAAAGAUUAAUUCCCAAUCUUCCUGAUGAGCUCUCAAUCCAAAUUAUUGCUAGACUUCCUAGAAUUUGCUACCCCCAUAUCAGGCUGGUGUCGCAGAAGUGGAAGGGAACUGUUACAAGCUCUGAACUAUUUAAGUUGAGAAAAGAGCUCGGAAAAACAGAAGAAUGGCUAUACUUGUUGACCAAAAUUGAAGAAGAUAAACUCUUGUGGCAUGCUUUUGAUCCCCUGUCAAGGAAGUGGCAGAGGCUACCUCGGAUGCCAAAUGUAGUUUAUGAAGAAGAGUAUACUAGAGGUUUGCCUUGGUUUUCGAUAUGGAAUAUGGUUGGGCCAAGCAUCAAAUUUGCUGAUACUAUUAGAGGCUGGCUUGGAAGAAAGAACUCAUUUGAUCAAAUGCCAUUUUGUGGUUGUGCUAUUGGUGCUCUUGAUGGAUGCCUCUAUGUUUUAGGUGGAUUCUGUAAAACUUCUACUAUGAAAUGUGUGUGGAGAUAUAAUCCAAUUCAAAAUACAUGGAGCGAAGUGACAGCCAUGUCCACAAGUAGAGCCUAUGGUAAAACAGGCAUUCUGAAUAACAAGCUCUAUGUUGUUGGAGGGGUUAGUCGAGGCCAAGGUGGAUUAGCACCUCUUCAAUCUGCUGAAGUUUUUGAUCCCUCCACAAGUACGUGGUCUGAAGUACCAAGCAUGCCAUUCUCAAAAGCUCAAGCCUUGCCUACUGCCUUCUUGACUGACAUGCUAAAGCCUAUUGCCACCGGGUUGACUCCAUACAUGGGAAGGUUAUGUGUGUCCCAGAGUCUGUACUCAUGGCCCUUUUUUGUUGAUGUUGGAGGAGAAAUUUAUGAUCCUAAGACAAAUUCAUGGAUUGAAAUGCCAAAUGGCAUGGGAGACGGUUGGCCUGCUCGGCAAGCUGGUUCAAAGUUGAGUGUUGUGGUAGAUGGUGAAUUGUAUGCUUUUGAUCCUUCAAGUUCUAUGGAUAGUGGUAAGAUCAAGGUGUAUGAUCAACAGGAAGAUGCUUGGAAAGUUGUUAUACGGAAACUCCCCAUGUGUGAUUUGGCUGGUUCAGAAUCUCCAUAUUUACUUGCUGGUUUUCAUGGAAAGCUUCAUGUUAUAACAAAAGAUAUUAAUCAUGAAAUCGCUGUUUUGCGGGCUGAUCUACGGAACGAUUUGGGUUCACUGUCGUCAAGCUCGUGUUCUGUCAUAGCCCGAUCCUUAUUAGACGAACAUCCCGAGUCACUGGCAGAAUCGGAUACAGUUGUGUGGAAAGCCAUUGGCACCAAGGAUUUUGGGCCAAGUGAAUUGGUCAGUUGUCAAGUUAUUGACAUUUAGUUUAUGGCGACAAUCCCUAUAUGGUAACUCACAAUUUAUGCAGCAUACUAGAGUUUUCAUGGUUGGUGAAUCUGAUAAUUAAUUGUCUUGCUACCUUUCUCUAUAGAAACUUAAAUUUAUCAUUUUCCAGGGGAUAAUAUCACAUUACAACAUAAGGAAUACUUUGGUU